AAAGUGAAUUAUCGAAUGUUCUUUCUUCUGCCCCACUAGCAAUCAACAAAUCCUGGACAAUUUACUCUGAUUUGCAGAUGCAGAUUUCAAUUCAUAGAUCUCACCCAUAAUUUGUCCAAAUUUUGUUUUGGGUGGGUAAUAAUGAAUAGUUUCACCGCCGAAGAUCUCUCCACAAUCGGAGGAAUCGCCACCGUGUCGCUUCUGCAUUCCUUCAUUCCCACACAUUGGCUUCCUUUCUCCAUCGUGGGUCGUGCCCAGAAAUGGACUCUCUCCAGAACACUCCUCGUUACUGCAUUUGGAGCAAUUUUACAUGUAAUAUCCACUUCGCUGCUUGGUAUAACAGCAAUUACCAUGGCAAACACCAUUGCUGGUGAAGAAACUGUGCAUAAGCUUGCUUCACUUCUGCUCGUAUUUCUUGGUGGUAGUUAUGUUCUGUUGUUUCUGAUGGGAAAGGGUGGCCAUAGUCAUUCGCACAACCAACCCAUGGAGAAAAUGGCUGUAGCCGGGCUUAUUCUUGUUCCUGCAUUGUCUCCUUGUGCUACAACACUUCCAGUAUUUCUUGCUGUUGGAAAUUCAUCUUCCAUGAUGGUGCUUGCAAUCAUAGUGCUGCUAUUCAGCACAAUAACUGUGAUGACUUCGCUAGUAGCAUUGUCAUUUUAUGGGGCGAGUCAGCUGAAGUUUCACUGGGUGGAGCGCUAUGACAAACUUCUUGUUGGUUCAGUGCUGUGUUUAGUAGGACUCUUGACCCUAAUUUUUCAUGAUCAUGAUCAUGGAGAACUAGGUUCGGUUGGAGAGCACUUACAUACACAUAGGAAGAUCAUUUCCUUGUGAGAUAUAUUAAUAUAUGUCCUGUAAUUAGACGCUUUUUCACAGUAUUGUUCCUACUUUUGUAUCAGGAAAAAAUUUGUUGCUAUUUUGAGAAUUUGUCAUCUUGGCCUUGUUAAAGUGGGUGUAACCUGAGUUUAUAAUGUGAAGU